CCAGCACUCCAUAGCAUCCACGUUAUAAGGUUUCCUCUUUUCUCUCUUUUCUUGCCAUUACAAAUAGCACAUUUCACAACAUCAUUACAGCAUUGCAGCAUUCGAUAGAACCAGACACAUUAUAUUUUUUUGCUUUCUCUCUCUCUCAAACAUUUUAUAUAUCUUUGCACGCUGCACAGUUCAUAUUUCAUACUUAAUCCUUGCUUUAUUCUUUUCUGCAUAUAUAUUUUAUACUAUCUCAAAUAAAAAUUUUCAAUACUCAGUCCGAGAUCAUAUACAACUCAACAAUGUGCGCCAUCCACUCUAUCAUUUCUGCCGCUGUCUACGGCUCCGCUUCCAUUACAGAGAAGACAACUGAUUUCCAUGUGAAGCUGACCGAUAUGCGCUGCUACCAUGCUCAUAAUUACCAAUGCGCAUUGUGUGGUGCUUUGUUUGGUACCGCGUACGAGACAAGCGAGCACGUUAAGGAAGAGCAUUUUUACCCCGAGCUGUAAUUAUGUGGUUGCAUUUGUCUUUUUCAUAUACCAACGAGGACAAUGGGAAAACCCAUUUUACCGGGGGCCUUCCCCUGAGAUCAUUUGUUUUGUUUAUCCAGCCUCAUUUUACACUGCCAUCUCAUUUCUAGUUUACACUCCCCCUCACCUCUUUUACCAAUCAACUGAAUUCCCUCCCAAUCAAGGGCAUUUGGAUCUUUGAAAUAGUCGACAUUAGCUAUUUUUCUGCGCCUAUAGUUUUUUGAUUAGGAAUUUCAAACCUUUUAUUAAUUUUUUAUGUCAUUGCAUUAAUCCGAAUUUUCUAAAUAUAAACAUACAUCCUUUCUUUUUAUAAACACUCAAAUAUUGCAAGUCUACACAUGUGAUGAUGUUGAUCAACGUGUUAGUUUUACCUGUGCGAAUUGAUAAUGAG